AUGGCCAACCAGCUUCACAGCGCACCGCCCUUCCGGGCCGAGCACAUGGGCUCGCUGCUGCGUCCUGACGACCUGCUUGAGGUUCGCGCUAAGAUCCGUGACACCGGUAUCUCGGAUGAGGCUGCCGGUCUGCACGCCGUUGAGGAGGUGGCGGUUAAGAAUGUUGUUCAGCUCCAGCGCGACCUUGGUUACAAGGCUGUUUCCUCCGGCGAGUUCAACCGGACCCGUUUCUGGGGUCUGAUGUGGGAUGAGUUCCAAGGAACCAUCCGUCUCCAGGACGCCGAGGCCUCCAUGUUCAGACUGUACCACCCCGAUGUCGUCAGUCUGAUCGAGAAGGACCGCAAGGUCAUGCCCGGUGACUCGGUCAUUGCCGGCUCCAAGCUCACCUGGAGUGCCGAGAAGUCCGUGUCGAACCUGCACGAGCUGAAGCUCGUUCAGGCUUCUUUGCCCAAGAGUGAGUGGGGCAACAUCAAGCUCACCAUGAUCACUCCCGCUUGGUUCCACAUGCGGUACAAGCAGGGCAAGGCGUAUACCCCCGAGGCCUAUGCCAACGACGAGGAGUACUUCGCGGGCGUUGCCCAGGUCUACCAGGCUGAGUUGGAUGCUCUGUACAAGGCCGGUCUGCGUAACGUCCAGUUCGACGACCCUGGCAUGGCAUACUUCUGCUCCAAGUCCUUCCGCCAGGGCUGGGAGGAGGACAAGGACAACACUGGCACUGUCGAUGAUCUGUUCGAUGCCUAUGUCAAGCUGUACAACGAUUGUCUUGCCAAGAUCCCCGCCGAUAUGCACACCGGUAUUCACCUGUGCCGCGGUAACUUCAUCGGCGGCCGCCACUUCGCCGAGGGUUCAUACGACAUCAUCGCCAAGAAGCUGUUCGAGAACCUCAACGUCAACACUUUCUACCUCGAGUACGACACUGAGCGCGCCGGCGGUUUCGAGCCUCUCAAGUUCCUGCCCAAGAACAAGAACGUCGUUGUCGGCGUCAUCAGCACCAAGCUGCGUGAGCUGGAGGACAAGGAGGUGAUGAAGGAGCGCAUUUACAAGGCCGCCGACUUCGUUGCCUCUGGUAGCGGCGAGACCCGCGAGGAGGCUCUCAAGCGUAUCUGCGUCAGCCCUCAGUGCGGCUUCAGCACCCACGAGAGCGGAUACCCUCUCAGCCUCGAGGAUGAGAAAAAGAAGCUGGGUCUUGUUCGGCAGAUUGCCGAUGAGAUCUGGGGCGAGGCCUAG